UCAAUUUUAAUGAAAAUGAUUGUAUUAAGGCUUCUGGUUGGUGCCCCUAAUGAAACACAUCGACGUAUACAAGGACAUGGGUUAUUACAUGAGUGUACAGUUACCCUAAAAAGAAAUGAGACUUGUAAAGUGAUUGAUACAUCAGGAGCUUCCAAUAAGUGUAAAAUAAUAAGAAGAAACGACAAGACUCGAACGGCUUGUGAACAGAACAGCAGGCUCGGCUCUUCUUUGGCAGUAAACAAAUACUACAUUCAAAAUGGGAACAAUUCAAAUAACGCCACGAUACCAAUGGCUAUGGUGUGUGCCCCUGGGUGGAAAAAUACAUAUUACGAGACAGUAGAAAACAACUCGAAGAAUUAUAUGGUUGGAAAGUGCAUUAAACUGACUGGCAAUAUUAAAGCAAUGAAAUGCAAAGUGGACGGUUCAUUCGGAUGUUGGCCAUUUUGGGCUCGUCCUGGUAAUGGUACAAAGGGCACAGUAAGCUCAUCAAGUGGUAGACCCGUCUAUAGUUACGCCGAGGCAGGAUUUUCACUGGCUUUUACAAAGGACGGUUAUGAGCUCGUUGGAGGUCCAGGUGUAGAUGACUGGAGAGGCGCAUUUAGUUCUCCAGGAAAGGAAUGGGUGAUCAGAACACUUAACAUCUCUGAUACCACAUAUUUUG